AUGUCCUCCCAAUCCGCUCCAGCGUCUGAAACCGAGGGUAAUGAUGAACCUCAACUCUCAACUUCCGCUCAACUUGCCUACUGGGAAUCUAUCAGCGUCGACGUGAACGGCAUGCUGGGCGGCUACCCACAGAUCUCACGCGUCGACAUCCAAUUCUCACGCAUAUUCCUCGCCAAGAUCCGACGGUUGUACAACAAGAAGGACAACCCCUCCACUGCAACUACCAGGAGCACCAGAUCAGGGAUUUCGGACACCGCACACGCGUCAGAAUACCAGGGCUACGCAUUCAGCCACGCCUUGGAAGCAGGCGCGGGCAUUGGACGAGUCACGCUCCAGUUGCUCGCGCCGCUGUGCGCCAAGAUCGACAUCAUCGAGCCUAUCCAGCGGUUUACGGACAUUCUUACGGCGCCGACAUCGCUACUUGUGAAAGACGGUCAAUUGGAGCGGGUCUGGAACGUGCCGUUGCAGGAGUGGAGUGCUGAUUCGAUACCUGCCUACACGUCGUCUACGAUCGCGAGAGACGCUACAGAGCAAACGGCCCCUAAGUACGAUCUCAUCUAUAACCAGUGGUGUCUGAACCACUUGUCUCAGACAUCGUUGGUUACCUAUCUUAGAGCUCUGAUCUUGUUACUAGAUACGCCGAAUGGAUGGAUCAUUGUGAAGGAGAAUUUAUCUACGGAUGCGUUCGGGGCGGAUAUUUUCGACCCCAUUGAUAGCAGUGUAACGCGGAGUGAUGGUAAUUGGAGAGCCGCAUUUAGAGAGGCAGGACUGCAACUUGUGCACAUGGAGCUGCAGAGAGGGUUUCCGAAGGAGCUUCGGCUGUAUCCUGUGGGGAUGUAUGCUCUUCGACCAGCACAGGGAGGGGCAUGA